AUGGCAUCAAGACUCCUGUGGCUAGCUGCGUUGGGCACCGUCUUUGGGCUGCACCAAGGCGUGAGCUUGCAAGUUGUGAGAAAUGUGAACUUGCAUUUCAGUCAACUACAGGGUUCCGAGCUGACCUCCAGAAGCCAACAUGUGACUGCACGUUCGGCGACACCACUAGAGGACGACACUGACGCCGGGACCUCAUUAAUUGAGUAUUCGCACUUCGACGGUGCCCCGGCCACUGAGCCGAGCCAGCGUCCUUCGCUUUUUUCAAGGAUUCGCAGGCGGCUGGGUCUAGGCACUAGGAAGUCCAGAGCCACGCGUGCGGCUUCCGAGUCACAGCCACGUGCACGAGCGUCCUACGCCGCUAGGCUGCUACAGCACCUGCGGCGGGCCAGGAGAUUUAUUGGGCGCCAUGCCUCUCGGAUCAUGUCCCGGGUGUUUGGGCGGUUCAGAAGACCCCGGUUACAGGGACGUGACUCUGCCGCUGAGGAGGGAGUCGGAGGACUGGGGCAAGACCUCGAAUCCAACCCGGCGCUGUUUCGUGGCGUAGAACCAGGAGAUGCCAUUGCCGAGCACCUUUUGACGAAGAUAUCGGACGUCAUCCAGGAAGACGAACGCCCCGUGCAAGCGUACACCAAUUUGGACAAUUUGCUUGGAGAAACGUUGUGGCCACAGGAUACUGUUGUGGAACUGGUGUCGGUGUUGACGCGCGCGACACGGCGGCUCCGCCGGGGUCCAGUGUUCGGAGAAGGAGGCUCCAGUAUGGUGUUCACGGCAUCCGACGAGGACACGGGAGAGGCGUUCGCCGUUAAAGCACCUGUGGCACGCAGCCCACCUUUUGAGAUAUCACAAAAGGAUGUGAUGAGGGAGGGUCGCUCAAGUGAGAUGUUCAGCACAAUCAAGGACCCCAGUGAAGCUCAAGACCGUCUUCGAUUCUUGGUCGCCAGCGAUGUGAUGGAGUUUCCUAACAGGAAUACGUUCACUGUCGCUCUCCAGGGCUCGCAGGCCUUGCUUGGGAAUGCAUUCAUGUUGAUGCCCAGAGCGUAUACGGACCUGAAGACAGUCACGGAUGCACUGUAUCGCCUUUUCUUCCGGUAUGGCGAUUUCGCUUUAUCUGCCCGCCUGCAACUGACGCAUCAACUAAUACGGCUGGUGGCCAACCUCCAAAGUCAAGGAGUCGUGCACGGCAAUGUCCAAGCACAAAAUUUUUUGGUGAUGAGGGAUGGGCGUCUGUUUCUCGCCGAUUUCAGUUGCAUGAAGGAGGCGAGCGGGAAGACUCGCGCGGCUAAAAGAUGCCCAUCCGCGACCAUGGAGACUGAUGUCACGAGCCUCGGGUCAGUUUUACUCGAUCUGUGGUGUGUCUCGAGUAAUGACAUCCUAUCCGAAGAAGAGGGAGAACAAACGCCGCAUGAGGGCGUUGCGCCGCCCUCGUACGUUGUACGCCUGAUCCGCGGCUUCAUCCACCAUUCGCGCUCCAAACGGGUGAGUCCCAUGCAGGCGCUGACCAGUCCCGAGAUGGCCCAACUUGUAGAAGAAAUACAGCGGUCACCGCUGCAGUACAGCAGUCAAGGAGACUCGGAGUUGGCAGAGGGCCCCCCCUCAGGUGAUGGUGCGGGAGCUGCCGGACAGGCCGCGUCCGCGGAAGACGCCGCCACCUCGGAACCUCUUGGCGACACGUCAGGAGACGACUCAGAUGCUCCAACGACUGCCGCAGGUACCGCUGGUGAUAUUGGAGGUGCUAGCGAUUCUCAACCUUGA